AUGAUCACUUUAGCGCCUUGGCCUUACGAGCUCAACGUCGCGACCAAGAACAGGUGCGCGCUCAGACCUAAACUCAUCAAUCCAUAUUACCGCUACCUUUUGGUCGCAGCUUGCCUCUUUGAACUGAAAUUUCGGAUUUAUGCAAUUAAAGGCCUAGAUCACGACGUCGACCUUGAGUCAGCAUAUAUUUUGUUAUUCUACUCCUUGGAACGGCACUGCGAAUGGAAAACGAACUGUGUGGCUCAUGGUUCAAGCAGACCCAUAGACAUCGUUGCUUCUUUCAUAUAG